CUAAAGUUGUCAAAAAUUGAAAAGUCAAAACAGCAGUCAAACAUGGAUUCUGUAGCUGAAGAAUCUGAGAAUUUUGAUUCAUUUAACGAAAAUGAACUCGGCAAAACAAACAAUAAUACUCCAAAAGAAACCUCACAUAGCAAUAGUAAUAUCGUACAUAAGUUGUUUAAUAGAGAGAUAUAUGGUAGCACUUCAAGAAAUCCUAGUGAAAAAACUAAAAAAAUAUUUGACAAAAUACCUCCCCGAUUGCGAUUCUGUCUUAUGGACAUUGUGCCCAUGAGAUACUUGAGGGAGCAUGUCUUCAUGGGUUUCUCGCAGUGUGGCCAGUUUCUACUGAGCUUCACAUAUAGCAAUAACACUCAAGUUUACUUCAGGGAGAGCUCCAAAUUUACGCUUCAUUUUUUAUUGUGGGUGCCGGGUUCCAUGGUGCGGUUGGUGCACAGUGUGCCACUCUUUGGUGAAGACAGUGUGGACAGCAAAGUCACCAUAUCCAUGGCGCAGUGGAAACACAACCCUGGUGUGUUAGUUGUCUAUGGCAUAGCUGAAUCCCUGUCUGAACGUUCCUACCUCAGUGUAAUCGGAGUACCUCGCUUAGGAUGUCGGAAAUGCUCGGCCAUUUCUAAAGAUGAAGAUGACCCUGAUCCAAAUUGGAAUAAACGUUGUCUAGAGCACAGUUUCGCGAUACAUACAAAAUUCGUCUGUUCCUUCGAUUCUACUCUCUACGAGCCAGUCGUCCAGCUAGCAUACACAAACCAAAUCAUCAUAUACACAGAUUUCAUACACAUACUGGAGAUAGAUUUCGUCAAACCCGAUCCGGAUAGAAGCGACAUACACGAGGACAGACAGUACUCGUUAGAUAGGGAAGAAAUCAAUUCGGUGUACACGAAUCCAAGCACGCCAGCUUCAGACGUGUCCGCCGCCUUUCAGUCUCCUAAAUAUCAGAACAAUGUAGUUCAAAAUAUUCUAGCAGACUUUUCCGAGAUUGAAGAACCGUAUCAGAUGUCCAAACCGGUUCAACUGCCCGACGUUAUGGGGCAGGAGUUGUGUAUCCAAGCAUCUUCGAUAUCGCACAAUCUGAUGGAGGAAUGGGAAGGACCCUCGCCUUCUAUAAGAACGUUGAUAAGCCCGCCUUUGCGGUCACCGAGACGACGACCGGCAGAGAGCAUGUCCAGGUUUAACGAAGCUCAUAGAAUAAAAGCAGAGAAAGCUUACGAAUUUGUCGAAGAAGCGGAGAUAAAGUGCGAGAAACUCAGUAUGUUUAGGAAACGGCGUUUGGCGGAUAAGAAAUACGAAUUUUCGGAAGAUAACAAUGAAAAUAUUGUUCCUUUUAGAGUUUUAAGAAGUAAUAGGAAAUAUUUCACAGGGUCGACCAGUAAAGCUCAAACUAGAAGAGCGAGGUCACCGCCCGUCGAGAGCGUGGUCCUGAGAGCACACAACCAAAUCAGACCAACGUCUCCGACGACUAGCUUAGAUCUCAAAAACCCUGGCCUCUGUUCCCUAGAGUCUGACAGAAACAGUGAAUCAGAGUACAGAGUGAUGGAAAUGCUGGACGACGGAUCUCUCAAAACGGUGUCAGUCCACGAAAACACGUCGAAAACGCUGUCAGACUACCCGAUCAGUCCGCACGAUCCAUAUUUAGUUCACACAGGAAAUUCAAAAUGCAGUAAAUUUUUCACGAGAUAUUUUUUGGAAAGCGAUGAUGAGAUUACGUCUAUUAUCACAGAUUCCGAAGACGACUGCAUAGCGGGCUGCCACGUGGCGCUGCCGCUGGCGGGGCAGGGCGCGGGGCAGGCGCUGCAGGGCGUGGGCGCGGGCGCGUGGGAGCGCCUGCGCGCGCAGCCGCCGCUCACGCUGCGCGCGCGCCAGCGCACGCUGGACACGGAGCUGCUGUGCAACGAGGUGUGCGGCCGCCUGUGCACGCUGCGCGGCGACAAGUUCAUCUACUGCUUCGACUUCGGCUGCCACGUCAUCGACGUGUGCCAGUCGAGCGGCUGUCUCUCUGGGUUGUGCGCGAUGUGGCUGUGGGCCAGCGAAGGCGAAGCUUGCGAGGCGUGCGAGGAGCCGUCGGCGGGCUGCUUGCUGCACCGGAAACAGUAUGCUGCGCAGUGUCUGUUUGUGUGGGACCUCGUGAGCGGUGUGUACCGAACGGAGCGGGAGGCCAUGACGGAGGACUUCAGCCAGGAGACUUCCAGAGUUUCAGGCGUGGAGCGCGCGUGGGAGCUGGCCAAGCGGCUGGGCGCCAUCAACUCGCCGCCCGCGUACGAGACGCGACUGCUGACCACCUUGACUGGUAAAUCCCUAAAAAGGCUGACGGACGUCGACAACUGUGUGGAGAUUACCAAGAACCACUCGGACAGCUCAGAGUCCGAGUCCGAGCCGUCCGAAGACAGCGAUUACGAGUGACUUGCGCCCUCUGUACGAGUGACUAAUGUUCGUCGUGUGUGAGUGACUUGCGCCUUCUUAUAUGAGUGACUUGCGCUCUCUGUACGAGUGACUGGUCUCCGUCGUAUAUGAGUGACUCGCGCUCUCUAAGGCCUAGUUCGGACUUGUUUAGUGUUUUAGUCGAGUACGAACAAUUUUUGGAUUUACCGCCCAAAAAUUAUUCGUACUCGAAUAAAAUAUUAAGUAGUCUGUACGGCCUAUAAGAGUGACUGGUAUACGUCGUGUAUUAGUGACUUGUGCAAUCUGUUUACGUGUCUCUAUUAUGCUGUAUAUAUGUUUCAUGCAUACCUAUCAGUGGUGCUAACAUGCGACCAGACACAUCUCGUGAUGAGAAAUAGACAAAAUUUCAACCAAUGGCAGUGUAGUAGUUCCAGUGCCAUCUCUAUCGUCCUAACGCAAUAGAGAUAGAGAUUAUGCCGCUAGCGCCGUAAUUGACUUUUGUCUAUUUCUCAUUACGAAAUACGUCGUUUGUUCGCAUGGUAGGGCCUUCUCUCUUGCAGUGAUUGAAUAUGCGUGUUAGUGAAAUAAUAUACAUAUAAAUAUAUAAACUUUUUCCAAGCAAAAAAUAUUUUACUUUUGGCAAUAAUCAUGCCUAUGAACUUCUAUAAUUACUGAGUAUAUUCUGCCUAAUAGAGCUGGAAAAAUGGUUUAUCAAAACGGGAUUUUAUACUGAAAUCUGAAACUGCUAAAUUGAUUUUCAUGUGAUUUUACAGCUAGAAUAAGCAAUAUAUAAGCUUACAAAAUUGUUGCAGGCAACCUCAUGUAGACUCCGUGCCACGAAAGAAGUCACGAAGCAAAAUCACAAUAAGCGCCAUUAUGACAUUAGCGCCGCGUAUACGGGACUUGUUUCGUGGCGCGGAGUAUAGUUGAUAUUAUAGAUCUGACAUAAUUAUGUAAAUUAAAUGCUUCUUGGAAACAAAGAAAAAUCCAAGUGUAUUUCUGGUUCCUUGUUUUUGCAAUUAAAUUGUAUUGUAAUGUAACCUUUUUCGUAUUUUAUACAAAAUGGAUUUAUGUAAUGUAGACAACAUACAGACGACGAAGACCUAGUCCAAGCAACGUUGUUGAGAGAAUGUUCAGACUAGCUAGCUAGAAUUUAAAAAAAAUCUUGAAUCACGUUAAAUUUCGUUUUUUUUUUUUUAUUUAUUAUACAAAUUUUUAAAACUGUAACUCUAAAAAUGAAGGACUGUCCAUACAAACUUUCACCCCCUUCUUAUUUUAUUUUCGCAAUAAAAAGUCCUAUAACCUUCUCCGUAUUAUGGUCUCAAACCAAGUUUUAUUUGAAUUUAUUCAGUAGUUUCAGCGUGAUACAAAAAAUACGGACAGACAGACCAGAAAUCGAAAGAUAAUAUUUUUCGCUUCAAUAUCGAUUGUAUAAUGCCCUCCAAAAAAUGUUCAAAAUAUCUUCAAUGUACAGAAUUUGAACUGUUACAGUUUUAUUAUAAGUAUAGAUAUUCUCGAUUCUGGUAGCUAUAGUCUGGCAAGAUCGUUGAUGACACUCCCUUGAUAUGCGGGCGACGGGGGGAGAGAAUUUUCGUAAAUAAAAAAGUUGUGCGUUUCGUCACUUUAAGUUCUCUCAAAAAUUAGCUUGAUAGUAUAGAUAGUGGAUCCUGAAGGGCUCGGGGAAUAUUUUUACAAUUGGUUUGGGAAUUCGGACUUGGGAAUUGGGAGUUUGGGAAAAUCAAUUUUACAAUUCUGUAAAAAUUUACCCUGGAUCCUCCAGGAUCCACCAAAAUCCUUUAGUCGUAUCGACUAUGGUGCGCAAAAAAACAGAGUUAUUUUGUUGUGCAUUACCAGAAACAAAUAUGGAGGAUAUAUACCGGAGUAUUAUGUUUUUUAAUUGUAUCAGAAGCAAUUUAGGAAUGCUAAACAUAUUUUGAUGUAACUCUAGAUAGUGUAUCUUGCAUGGUUAGGGGUUUUGUUUUAGUUUUAACAAGUUUCGCAGACACUAAGCCCGAUAGCUCAUUGUAAGGUUGUGAUAGAAUGGAAUUAGUCGUCGUUUUAAGAAGUGCCUGUGAGACUUUGUUAUUUAAUACCUUUUUUAUAUAUUUUCUACAAGUUAGCCCUUGACUACAAUCUCACCUGCAGUCCAAGAUGGAAGCAGGCUAACUUGUUGGAAAUAGGAUGAAAUCCACUCCUUUCUUUCUCGAUAUAAUUGAAUACUUAUUUAGCAAACGCCAUAUUUUAAAUUUGGAUUGUUUUUUUUUUAACACGCGCCAUAUUUAAAUUAUUUAGCAUUUUAGCAAUUGAAAUACAAUUAUAUUUCUAGAAGAUAGUUUACCUUUGGAUAUAGUAGCUUGUAUAACUGACAUCACUUAUCUGUGUAACCUAAAGGAACGUCAGUGUUUUUUUUAAGAAUAUUUGCCAUAAAUAUGACCAAUAUUCCCAUUCCCCUCCAACUAGUCGGGAAAGACUGUAUUAGGAGUGGGUACGACAAUAGACCAACGGGGCGGGGAUCGACCCACCACCCCUCGGUGAUGAGUCUGACCGCUCUUACCAAUAUAUACCCUCAUUUGUUAUUUAUUUGGGAUAAGAAAUAAAUUAUAGAAAAUAUUCACAUUGACACAUUGCAUAUAGUAAAAUUGCGCCCGGUGAUUAUUAAAAUUGAUUAUUUUUUUUAUUCAAUUUAUUUAAUCCGUGCUUAGUUAUUAAAAUUCGUACCUACACAAGUUAAAAGAAUAGCAUAUAUUCUUGAAUACAGACAUUGAACACGUAUAGGUUGCCUGCUAUAUACUGCAACUGUGGGUUUGCUUGAUACAGAUAAUUAAUGUUAUAUAAAUACCCUCAUGAGUUAUUUAGUAGUUGUAUAAUAUGUCAAAUGAAAGCUCAUUUUAUGCUUAAUAAUUAACUUAACUGUAUUAGGUUACCUUUGAUCUAGUUCAUGAUUUCCGAGAUUUUUUAUGGAAAUUGUGUUUGACCGCAAUAUAACAAUACAACCUAUGUAUUAUUUGCAUUGUGUCACUGAAUAUAAGAAGAAGACAAAAACCUAUUUAUCAAAGACUUAUCAACCAUUACGAGGAUUAUGUUAAACGUGGCUUAUUUUAUUUUGUUUAUUUUUUAAGCCUCAAAGCCUCAGUGGUAAAGGGGUUGGACUCAUCACCGAGAGUUGCUGGUUCGAUCCCCUCCCGUUGGUCUAUUGUCGUACCCACUCCUAACAGUCUUAUCCGACUAGUUGGAGGGGGUAAUAUUGGUCAUAUUUAAAAUACAUGGCAAAUAGUCCUUAAAAUAAAAUAUUGCAUUGCUGAAGUAGUAUUUUACACACCUUAAUACUACAUCUAAAGUUAAACGAUCUUCUGAAAAUAGAAAGACUUUGAAACAAAUUUUUAGGUUCUCUAUGCAAUGAUAAUAUUAUGUAACCAAUAUUAAUAUUAUAUUAAAACUCGUGAAUAUUUUAGCAAUAUUGUGGAUACUGUGAAUGUUCACUGAAAUUAAACUGAUAUUGUAAAUAUAUUUUUUAAGAUUUAAUUUUGAACAUUGACAAUUAUUAUUAUUGAUAUUCUGUUAAAGUCAAAUAUUUUAUACUUUUAGAUAUGUCACUAUAUAGAAAUUGAGGCGCACAAAGGUGAAAAAUUGUCUUUCAUUUAGUCGUUUAUUAAACAACGAAAGUUAUUUAUACGCUCAGAGAAGUAGCUACUUCUACUUUCGCAAAAGUGAUACGAACUUAGCUAAGUUCGUAUCACUUUUGCGGUGAUUUUGUAGGCACGUAACAUAUCUAUAGUAUAAAAUAUCAUUGGUUAUAGAAUGAUUAUUCUUAUUUAACAAACAAAUGUGUUUGUUUUAUUACAAUAUUUUAAGUUGUAAUAUUUUAAUUAUAUUACCUGAGUAAAUGAAGGUUUUCACUAACUUACACGGCACAUGUGAAGCACUCUCAAUUUUUUUUUUUAUUAUUCUGUAUUUGCUGUGGUUCUUUGAUGAAGUCCUUUCUGACAAGAUAGACUCUGAUGGCUAGAUCGUUUGAUCAUCUUUCUAAAGGUUUACAUUCUUCUGUAUAUAUAUUUUUUAAUACUGUUAUCCAUAUUUGAGGAUAAUUUGUAAAUUGAAAUGAACAUAAAAACAAAAAAUGCAGAAUCGACGGAAAAUAUAUCUGGAUAAUGGGGUUAGUGUGACAUAAGUUAGUGAAGACCAUAAGAGUCACAAAGAAUAAAUUGCAUUUAAUUCUAGACACUAAUGUGUAUGAACUUGCCAUGGAUAUUGUAAUUUGUACUAGAAAUAACAAAUUAAUGUGUAUUAUUAAUAAACUAAGAUAAAUAACA